CCACCCCUGAGCACUCCAGCCAGAUCUGAAGCCGGCCCAGCAAUGACAGGAAAAGCUACCUCGGAAGCCCCUGCCUCCGUCCCAGAGGAGACAGUGUCUGAGUCCGCCAAGGCACCUGCCACAGGGCCUUCUGGAGAAGUGGCAGCCUCAGAGUCCACCAGGGAAGAGCAUGUGCAGGAGCCCCAGGAGGCUGCCUCUCAGGCACCUGCCCUCACACCCACCACAGCCCCUGCAGUCCCUACAGCUCCCGAAGCUUCUGCAGCCACUAAGCCUGCACCUGCAAGUGAAGAUGUCCCCAGCUCCCCGCUGCUACUGACCAUCAUGGAUGUGAGCCACAACUCUGUGACUGUGAGCUGGGAGCCCCCAGAGAGGCUGGGGCGGCUGGGGCUGCAGGGCUACGUGGUGGAGCUCUGUCGGGAGGGAGCCUCAGAGUGGGUGCCUGUGAACCCCCGGCCCAUGAUGGUGACCCAGCAGACUGUACGGAACCUGGCUCUGGGAGACAAGUUCCUCCUGCGAGUGGCCGCGGUCAGCUCCGCGGGGGCCAGCCUGCCUGCCGAGCUGGACCAGCCCAUCCAUAUCCAAGAGAUCAUCGAAGCCCCCAAGAUCCGUGUCCCCCGCCACCUUCGUCAGACCUACAUCCGCCGGGUGGGGGAGUCCAUCAACCUGCAAAUCCCCUUCCAGGGGAAGCCCAAGCCUCAAGCCUCAUGGACCCACAACGGCCAGGCCCUGGACAGCCAGCGAGUGAGUGUGCGCAGCGGGGACGAGGACUCCAUCCUCUUCAUCCGCUCAGCCCAGCGCUCUGACUCAGGCUGCUAUGAGCUCACCUUACAGCUGGAAGGCCUGGAGGCCAAGGCCACGAUUGAUAUCCUGGUGAUCGAGAAGCCCGGACCCCCAAAAAGCAUCCGGGUACUGGAUGUCUGGGGGUGCAAUGCUGCCCUUGAGUGGACUCCACCCCAGGACACAGGCAACACAGAGCUCCUGGGCUACACGGUGCAGAAGGCAGACAAAAAGACAGGGCAAUGGUUCACAGUGCUGGAGCGCUAUCACCCGACCACCUGCACCAUCUCUGACCUCAUCAUUGGCAACUCGUACUCCUUCCGGGUCUUCUCAGAAAACCUGUGCGGCCUCAGUGACUCAGGCGCCACCACCAAGGAGCUUGCACACAUCCGGAAGGCAGAUAUCACGGCCAAAUCUCAAGGGUUUAUUGAGCGAGACUUCUCGGAAGCACCCUCAUUCACCCAGCCCCUGGCUGACCAUACCUCCACCCCUGGCUACAGCACCCAGCUGUUCUGCAGCGUCCGGGCAUCACCCAAGCCCAAGAUCAUUUGGAUGAAAAACAACAUGGACAUCAAAGGCAACCCCAAGUACCGAGCCCUUUCUGAGCAAGGGAUCUGCACCCUGGAGAUCCGGAAACCCAGCCCCUUUGACUCUGGAGUCUACACCUGCAAGGCCGUGAAUGUGCUGGGGGAGGCUUCUGUGGAUUGCCGGCUGGAGGUCAAAGAUGACGAAGUCUUGGACCUGGGAGUGGGCCCAGCAGGCCCCGGGCCAGGGCUCCUGGCACAAGGUGCCCAGAAGGUACAGAGGUCAGGCUGCCCUGCCGAGCUGUGUGCCAGUGAAAAGCACCCUAAUAAAGAGCAGUGUUGCAGCGGCCCAGGGGCCUCUGCGGCAGUGAGCGUCAUUGUGCAGGGGAGGCGCUGCGUCGCUACAGGGGUGGCACUGAAUAUGCCACUUUGA